AUGGAGACAGGUAUCACAUGCUACGCACGUGGAGUUGUUCUUCCUAGUGUUGCUUCUCAACGUUCUUCUGCUUUAGUUUCUCCAGCUUCCGUUUCUCCUUCUUUCAGCUCCAGGAGUCUUAAAUCAACCUCGCUAUUUGGGGAAUCACUGAAGGUGGUGCCAAGAUCAUCAGUGAAGGUUUCAAAGGCAAAGAAUUCUUCCCUUGUGACCAGAUGUGAGAUUGGUGAUAGCUUGGAAGAGUUCCUUACUAAGGCAACACCAGACAAGGGACUGAUUAGGUUGAUGAUGUGCAUGGGAGAAGCAUUGAGGACCAUUGCUUUUAAGGUCAGGACUGCUUCUUGUGGAGGAACAGCAUGUGUCAAUUCCUUUGGAGACGAGCAACUUGCUGUGGAUAUGCUUGCCAACCAACUUCUAUUUGAGGCCUUGACUUACUCGCACUUCUGCAAAUAUGCUUGCUCUGAAGAAGUACCUGAGCUCCAGGACAUGGGAGGACCAGUUGAAGGUGGAUUCAGUGUAGCUUUUGAUCCACUUGAUGGAUCUAGCAUUGUGGACACAAAUUUUACAGUAGGAACCAUCUUUGGGGUGUGGCCUGGAGACAAGUUAACUGGGGUGACUGGAAGAGAUCAGGUUGCUGCAGCCAUGGGAAUUUAUGGUCCUCGAACCACAUAUGUUCUUGCUCUGAAGGAUGUUCCUGGCACCCAUGAGUUCCUUCUUCUUGAUGAAGGAAAAUGGCAACAUGUCAAAGACACAAUAGAGAUUGGUGAAGGAAAACUUUUCUCCCCUGGAAAUUUGAGGGCUACCUUCGACAACCCUGAGUAUGAGAAGCUGAUCAACUACUAUGUAAAAGAGAAAUACACUCUCAGAUACACAGGAGGAAUGGUGCCAGACGUCAAUCAGAUUAUUGUAAAAGAGAAAGGUGUCUUCACUAAUGUGAUUUCCCCAUCUUCGAAAGCCAAGUUGAGGCUGUUGUUUGAGGUAGCUCCUUUGGGGUUCUUGGUAGAGAAAGCUGGAGGUUUCAGUAGUGAUGGUCACAUUUCAGUACUAGACAAGGUGAUCAACAAUCUUGAUGAAAGAACACAAGUUGCUUAUGGCUCCAAGAAUGAAAUUAUCCGUUUCGAAGAAACUCUAUAUGGAUCCUCAAGGCUCAAGGGGGUUCCAGUUGGAGCAGCUGCUUAAGUAAAAUGUUGCUUUCAUGUGUUUCUUUUUCUUUGUUUGGAAAAAAGAAUUUUAUGCUGUCAAUACAAAAGUUUGCAUAA